CAUCUCCAUCCGCAACACGAGCAAUGCGCGCCUGCUACCGAUGUAAUUCCUACACGCCAGUAUGGAGUUUAUGUCGAGUCUGCAGAACGGUCUCGACGAGUUGAAGCCGUCCUUGUUUGAACUUCUUUCUGAACAACAACUGUCCUCUCUAUUACCUCCCUCUCUCCGAUACCUUUUGACUGUCGCCACUCUCCGGUAUCCCCGGUACCUCCUCUCCGUCGCCAACUCCUUCGAUGAGGUCUACGCGGUGCUCAUGCUCCUGGUGGAGCGACACUUCCUCCGAACAUACGGUGGCGGCUUCACCGAGAACUUCUACGGACUGAAACGCGAACGUGUGCUAAGGACCAAAGGCGGGGAGGUCCCGCGAGCACAGCUCGGCGCACCGAGCGAUGUGCGCGAAACACUCAAGCUCCGGGACAGUGAUGUCUGGCGGAACCUGGCCGUGAUGGUGGGCCUACCGUACCUAAAACGAAAGCUAGAUGAAAGCUACGACAUCCAUGCCGCGCAUGCGAACGUGUUAGGCCCAACUUUCAACCGCAAUCGCGACACAUUACCGCCUGGGGCGAGUAUAAAGCAACGGCUGAUAUUCUACUACAAAUGGUUCCUACGGCACAUCUACCCGAGCGUGAACGCAGCGUACUACUUCUCCAUGUUAGCAUUCAACCUGGCGUAUUUGUUCGACGGGUCGAAAUACCAUUCGCCAUUUAUGUGGCUGAUUGGGACUCGAGUACGGAGACUAGGAGAAGCUGACUACCACGCCAUCGAAUUGGCCACGAACCCAAGGCCACCACCAACGCGGCCAGGCCGGAUACCAGGCGAGGGAACAUCGAUCUUCAAUCCUCGAACACUUGGCCGAACAGUAUAUCCACGCCUCCUCUCCUCUCUCCGCAUCCUCCUUCCCACAUCCAUAUUCGCCCUUAAGUUUCUAGAGUGGUGGCACGCGUCAGACUUUGCGCGGCAACUUUCCCGAAAAGCAGCUGAGAGCUUAGAUUUACCACCACCAGUCAUAUCAGGCCUUACCUCUACCACAUUCUCAAAAAAGAAGCAGCAAAAGUCGCAAUCGCAACCAGCAUUAGACUCCGAGGAACCCUCCCUGUCGGAAAAUAAGCCUUCACCUCCCAUUGCUGCAUCCUCCCUUCUUCCAAUACUCACCGUCCCAACUCCACCAUCCUCAUCCCUGUGUCCAAUUUGCACGGGACCUAUCGUCACUCCCACCGCUGCGCCGACUGGCUAUGUUUACUGCUACACCUGCAUCCAUCGGUGGGUGGAAGGCACCCACGAGCGCCAAGUUGCGUUCAUGGAGGGUUCGAAAUUCGAAGGCGUCGAUAGCAGUAUGGAGGAAGAGGGUUGGGCAGCAGAGGAGGGCAGUCGAGAAGGGCGGUGGGAGAGCGGGAAAGGAAGGUGUGCGGUGUCGGGGAGGGUGGUGCUUGGGGGAACGGAAAGUCUAAGAAGAGUGAUUAUUUGAGCAGAUUGAUAGGCACGAAGAGGUGUUGGAUAGCGUCUGGGCAUUAGUCGCAAGCCCUGGAGCGUUGUAUGAUGUAUGAUAGGGAUGUUUCCAAAAUGAUAUCCAGAAGAGACUUGCUCAGACUCGAUUUGCUUCUUAGUAGCAGUGCCAGGAGCAGCAAAUCCCUAGACCUCAGACAAGAGGCUGCUCAAGACCUUUAAUAGCCAUUUUGUGGUCAAAUGUGGGUUCAAGAACCGCGU